CUUUUCAUUCAAACGAGCGCGUUGCCUCCACGCUGAGGUCUCCCUUCCUCGUUCCCAAAUCUAUUCCAACUCUACAAAUUCUUGUAAACAGCUCUGUCCGCGGAAUUUUUUUUUGUUGAUUAGUUCAACUGUAGGAGUUUGCAGUUUUAAUUUUGAAAGAUGAGUCCUCCUAAAGGAAGAAAUGGUAGAAAGGAGGCGAAUGGAUCAUCACACAAGGACUUGACGACCAGAGAAAGAUCUAUGAAAGCGUCUGGCAGAGGUAAAAGGGUCAAGUCUACUGCAACUACUAAGCAGCAGCAAUCUCAGCCUGAACCUGAAAUUUUUCCAGAUCAUCGGAGCCUGGAAGAUUUAUGGCAAGCUGCAUUUCCAGUUGGCACAGAGUGGGAUCAGCUUGAUUCUGUUUAUAAGAUUAAUUGGGAUUUCUCAAAUUUGGAGAAAGCGUUUGAAGAAAAUGGAGAGCUUUAUGGAAAGAAGGUGUAUCUCUUUGGUUGCACAGAACCUCAGCUUGUUUUUUUUGAAGGUCGCAGCAAAAUUGUUUGUAUUCCAGUGGUUGUAGCGGUUACCUCCCCAUUUCCACCCUCUGAUAAAAUAGGAAUUAAGUCUGUUCAAAUGGAAGGGGAGACUGUGGUGCCAAUGAAACAGGUGAAAAUGGAUUGGGUUCCAUACAUACCCCUUGAAAACAGGCUUAGUCGAGUUGAAAGUUUGAAAUCUCAAAUUUUUACAAUGCAGUGCACUCAAAGAAGGGCUGCUUUGAAGCAACUGAAAGAAGAACAGAUUAAGAAAUAUGAAUAUUGCUUACCUUACUUUUAUCAGCCUUUUAAGGAGGAUGAAGUAGAACAAGACACAGUCGUUCAAAUUAUGUAUCCUAUGGAGCCACCGAUUGUGUGUGAGUUUGACUGGGAGUUUGAUGAGAUUGAGGAAUUUACUGAUAAUAUUGUUAAAGAAGAAGCACUGCAACCAGAGCACAAGGAAGAAUUUAUGAAAUUUGUGAAGGAGAGGGUAACUGAAUCAAAGAAGAAACAACGUCAGGCAAAGGAGGCACGGAAGAAAGCUAUUGAGGAAAUGAGUCCUGAGAGUAAAGCUGCUUUUGAGAGCAUGCGCUUUUAUAAAUUUUAUCCUGUCCAGACCCCUGGUACCCCAGAUAUUUCAAAUGUCAAGGUUCCAUUUAUUAAUAGAUAUUAUGGAAAAGCGCAUGCAGUCCUGUAACAUGAGAACUCCACUUUGUUUCCUUUUUCCAUCACUUAAGUGCCUUUAGGUUAAUAGUUUUGGAAUUCGGUCCCAGGGAAAUUUUUUACUGUACAGUAAGUACGGAAGUAGAAUUUCGGAAAUGGCCAAGAAGUUGUUUUCUUGCCUGUGACAGGAUAGUGACUUUGGCUGGUUAAAAGGAGGAUUAUAUUGUAGUAGAGAAAUGGUAAGGCAAACUAAUAUAGUUUUGCCAACCAUGCUCUGAUUUUGAGGUUCAGAGACAAAUUUAUUGUAGUAACCAUAGUAAUUCAAUUCAGUUGAGUUAAUUAUCAUACUA